CACCGGAUAUACGCAGUUUCCCCGGGAAAUCACAUUUUCUACUUUGGUGGUGAGUUCAGUGAGCUUGCAGAAGUACUGAUAAUCAAUGGAGAAAAUAACUGAGAAACUUUUACUGGAGAGAGGCUCUCCAAAAACCAACAGACUGGAGCAAAUCAAGACACUGCAUCUGUCUAAGCUGGGGCUGAAGCACCAGGACCUUCCAGUUAAGCUGCUGUCCCGUCUCCAGUCCCUGGAGCACUGGGAUCUUUCUGGGAACAGGCUGCAGGAGUUUCCCAAAAAUCUAGGGCUGCCUGCGCUGCGAUACCUGGAUCUCAGCGACAACCAGAUAGAGGAUGUUACCACUCUGAAAUCUCUGAGUGGUCUGGAAGAGCUUAAGUUGGAGGACAAUCUUUAUAUCACUGUGAGUGAUAAUUACAAGUUGAUGGUGUUGUUGCCCAACCUGAGAAUGUACAACGGUAAAGAUGUCAGCACUACUGCCAACCACUUGCGCUACGUCUACACAGAGAACCUGAGGACCAGGAUAAUUGCAGUUUGGGAGAAAAGCUUCAGUCUCCCGGAUCCCAUCACAGCACAGAAAAUGUCCACAUUGGAGGCAGAUUUUGUCAGCACCGCCCGUCAACAGGUUAAAUUUGGACCGAGUUCGGUCAGCGACUUCACUAAAUGGAAAGUGGCGAUUAUGGCUAAGGAGUAUUUUUGUUCUCUGACAGAACCGAAAGAAGAACCAGAGAGCAAGGAGGCUACUGACACCAAACUGAACUGUGAUGUCAGAUCUCCCACCAAGAGGAAACCGCCAAUGGACUCCAGCAUAAGCCUGACACCUCUCAAGAUACUGCGCACAGAUCCCCCAGCCGCUGAAGACAGCCCCCGUAAAUCCAGUCUCCGCCUCAAACCUCUAACCCAGACCGAUGAGGUCAGAUUGAGCCCCCGCAAGAGAAGUCAACCACCCUCCACCCCCAGCAAAGGACCGACGAGGCCAGAGACGCCAAGGAGAGGUUCUAAAGUGCGACAAACCAAAGAGGACGGAGCUCACGUUAACCAGAAGGAAGAUGUCAGCAGAAAAGAGCUGCAGAGAGAUGCUGACAUGCAGCCCACAAUAAAGAGCUGCAGCAAGACACAGCAGCCGGUCCAUCUGAAGCCCCUUCACAUCCUCCAGUGCCACAGCAAACAGAACAGCUCGGAGGACUUCUCUACCCAGCUCUGGGCAUGCGCUUUCCAGCCGCCAGAUGCUACUGGCGCUGGUGGAGGAGACCGUUUGGUUGCUACCUGUGGCGGAGACUCUCUCUGUGUGAUUGACUGUGAAACCGGGAUGGUGAUGAAGAAGUACAAAGUUCACGGAGAGGAGUUCUUCUCCCUGGCCUGGUCCAUAGUGUUGAUGUCUAGGGGAGGCAAGGCCUCGGCUCAGCACUGCAGCAUUCUGGCAGCUGGUGGGAAGAGAGGACUGGUCAAAUUGAUCCACCCUAGAAACAACGUGGCCUACGGGGAGUUCAGAGCCAGCCGCAAGGCACUGUCUGUCCUCCGCUUCAACCCCAACAAGGGAAACUUCCUCUUCACGGGAUCGUACGAUAACAAGAUAACGAUGUGGGACAUCGGUGGAGUGGACAGCCAGUACAACUUCAAAGUUGUUCAGCUGCUGAUGUUGGAGAUGAGCGCUACCCCGCUGCACAUUUGCUUUCCCCCAACAUCCCCAAGUUCGCACCUUCUGACUGCCUCCGAGGACGGCCUGCACUGCUACGACACACAACUCGGCACCAACAACACCACAAAGAGCAGGUCAAAGGAAAUGGAGAUAACUUUCCCCAUAUAUAAGAAGGAAGACAAAGACCAUGACUAUCACACCAUUGACGGUCUGAGUUUUCUAACAGAUGACAUUGUGGCCUCCAAGAACUACUUGCACGGUUGCAUUUACUUGUGGAGCUGGAGCAAGACCAAAACCCAGAGGCCUGACAAGAAGAGUAGGGCAGUGUGUGCUGUGGUUCUGGCUGAACUGCAGUGGACCAACACUGAGAUUCCUUACCUGGCUCUAAACACCUGUCCAGGCCAAGCCUACAUAGUGUGCGGCGAUGACAAAGGCAGACUCUGGACCUACCACGUCACCAACCUGCAGAAAAACAGUUUCCAGAGCGGGAAACCCAUCCAGCCCACCGAGGUGUUGGAGUGGCCGACCCCGGUCAGGAAGGGCGUCGGGCAGGUGGAGGGCCCCUCCAUCAACAGCGUAGCAAUGGACCCCGAGCUUCAGUUCCUGGUGGCCCUCAGUGACAAGAAUAUGGUCAUAGUGUGGAAGAGAGAGUAGUCUACCUGAGUGAUACAAGCUAUGUGACUGCAACUCAUGAAGAGAAGUCUUACAGAUUUCCAAAGCUU